CUGCCUUGAACCUGCACCACGACUACCGACGGCGAGAAGACAAGCGCUCUUCGACUUCUUCGUAUUCCAGUCCCUCUUGGGUUUUUGUAAAGGUCCUUCAAUGGUUCUGGGACUCUUGGACGGCCUCGUCAAACCCGCAACCAAUCCAAACUGGAACUUGAACCAAACUUGAGCUCGAACCUCCCGGGGACUGGGCCUGGCAUUCAGACAGAAAUACUACGACGGCAAUAAACGGCUGAUCUUGGACUGGUUCCUCACUUGGAUACGCUAAAUCACACUGACCUUGGGAAAACUGCCGAGCUUUGACAUAGGGUACCCACAGCAGCUUGCCUCAUCUAGAGCGCCACUAAGAUCUCGAUGACAACAAGGCUGCCGAAACCGGAUAAGUACUAGCAACUACACGGGCACGACAACGCAUUUUCCCUUAUAAAGUGGGAGAUGCAUUCCCAAAAUACUUCAAGAGAGUUAGAUUCCCUUCCUAGCUUUUUGGCCAUGUAUCUCGGGUUAUGGACUGUCGCCUUACAGGCAGCCGUCGUCUUCGCUUCUCCUCUUACAGAUCCAACAGUCCAGCUUGACUCCGCUACAGUCACUGGCACGCUAUCCAAAGGAGUCUCAAGCUUCUUAGGGAUACCUUUCGCCAAACCACCGACUGGGGACAGACGAUUCCGUCUUCCCGAACCAAUCGACCCAUAUUCGACUUCCUUUAGCGCGACUUCUAUGGGUCCAGCCUGUCCUCAGCAACCGGCAAAACUCCCUAUUCUCACUGGACUCCCUGCGGAGGUAGCCAAUGCCGUCGAGGGUUCGAUAUUUCAAGUUUUAUUCCCAGACGACGAAGACUGUCUGACUAUCAAUAUCAUCAAACCUGCCGAUGCAACUCCCACCUCGGAACUUCCCGUCGUUGCGUGGAUAUUCGGUGGUGGAUUUGAGGUGGGAUCUACCCAGAUGUAUGACGGUAAAGGCAUUGUAGAGCGGUCAAUUUCACUCGGUCAACCGGUCAUUUAUGUUUCAAUGAAUUACCGGGUAACUGCUUUCGGUUUCUUGGCUAGUAAGGAGGUAAAGGAAGCAGGAGUCGGUAAUUUAGGGCUCCAGGAUCAGCGUGAGGCACUCAGAUGGAUACAAAAAUACAUUGGCGCUUUUGGUGGUGAUCCCACGAAGGUUACCAUCUGGGGUGAAUCCUCAGGAGCCAUCUCCGUCUCCCUUCAGAUGCUUGCCGAUGGAGGAGAUACCAAGGGACUCUUCCGCGCUGCUUUCAUGCAAUCAGGAUCUCCCAUCCCAGUUGGAGAUAUCACAAACGGCCAAAAGUACUACGACGCGCUCGUUCAGGAGACCGGAUGCGCAGGGUCUUCGGAUACACUCUCCUGCUUGCGAACAGUCCCGUUCGCAACACUCAAGGCUGCCAUUAACGAGUCUCCCGGGAUUUUCGCCUACCAGUCAUUGAAUCUAGCAUGGCUACCUCGAACGGAUGGUGUUUUCCUUUCUGACACUCCGCAAAAGCUGGUUCAACAAGGAAAAGUUGCCAAGAUCCCCAUUGUGAGCGGUGAUUGUGAUGACGAAGGAACCCUCUUCUCCCUCUCGACCCUCAACGUGACAACUGAGAGCCAAAUUCGCACGUAUGUGAAGACGGAAUUCCUUCCAACCAUUUCGGAUGCCGAUUUGGAUACCCUACUGAAGGCGUACCCAGAGGAUCCCUUGCAGGGCUCACCCUACGACACGGGGAUUUUUAACAUCUUGAGUUUCCAAUUCAAACGAGUCGCGUCUGUCUUGGGUGAUGCGGUGUUCCAAGCACCUAGAAGAUUCCUCCUGAGUAAUCUCAGUGGAAAACAGAAAAUAUGGUCGUUCUUGAGUAAACGAGGCAAAUCCCUGCCGUUCUUGGGUGCUUUUCAUGCAACUGACCUACUUAACGUAUACGGCGGGGGUGAACUGGCAGACUACCUUAUCCGCUUCGCUACCAACCUGGACCCUAAUGGUUCUGGAUCAACCUCAUGGCCAGAGUACACUACAGCGUCUCCGACUCUUUUGACGUUCGUGGACAGCAUCUUUUUCCCGGUACAAAUUACGCACGACACGUACAGGAAGGAUGCCAUGGAUGCGCUAACUAAGAUUACCCUGGAGAACCCAGUGUAACUUCGAAAUGAAGUGAUUCAAAUGGUGUCGGUCGUUUUGAUAUUUCUCUCUUUUAGAUCACAUUACUGUGCUCCCGUUCGUUCUGGUAUUCUUAUAUUGCUUGAUACCGUGGUCAUGCCUCCGCCAAUAAGUUACAAUUAUUUAGGGUAGGAAUAAUAAGAAAAAGAUUUGAUUCACUG